GUGACGUGAUGACGUGCGACGGAAAUUUGCAGCAGCAAUUCUUUCUAGAAAUCUAUAGCAGUUUCUCGCUAGCCCGCGCUAGGUACGUCUAUCUAAGUUUAUCUUGGCUAAACACAGCCAGCCACCGCAUUGAAUACUAAUACAUAUUCGUGAAAAGUGUUAAGUUUUUUGGUUUUCUGCUUUUUAAAAUUUAGAUAGGAGAUUUGAGUUAGCUUCGUUUAGCCCUCUAACUUAGCCGAGUCAUAUCCGAAGCUAACGCUGUUUGCGUUAGGUUCUUACUGGCAUUAUGUCUAGGAUAGACUACAGCGUGUGGGACCACAUUGAGGUGUCAGAUGAUGAAGAUGACAUCCACCCGAACAUCGACACACCCAGCCUCUUCAGAUGGAGACACCAGGCACGUGUGGAGCGAAUGGAAGACUUCCAGAAAAGAGGUGAAGACAUGACCAAGGCACUCGGUGACAGCCGGCGUAAGCUAGCAGAGGCACAGAAGAAAAUGCAAGAGCUGAGCACUUCAUCAACGGAUGACGCCAAAGCAGAGCUGAGCAAAGCCCAGGCUGACGAGAAGAAACUGAAAAGAGAGGAGCGGGAUAUGGAGAAGAAGGUGACGGAACAUAACCGGGAAGAGAAGAAGAUGCCAUGGAACGUCGACACGCUCAGCAAGGAGGGUUUCAGCAAGAGCAUCGUCAAUGUCCUGCCUGACUCUGCCGAUGAGACCGAAGAGGAGAAGGAGAAAAAGCAUAAAACCUUUGUGGAGAAAAACGAGAAGCAGAUCAAACAUUUUGGCAUGUUGCGACGUUGGGACGACAGCCAGAAGUACCUCUCUGACAACUCUCAUCUAGUGUGUGAAGAGACUGCCAACUACCUGGUCAUCAUGUGCAUUGACCUUGAAGUUGAAGAGAAACACGCUUUGAUGGAGCAAGUGGCUCAUCAGACCAUCGUCAUGCAGUUCAUUCUAGAGUUGGCAAAAAGCCUCAAGGUGGACCCCCGCGGCUGCUUUCGGCAAUUUUUUGCCAAGAUUAAGACUGCAGAUCAGCAGUACCAGGAAGCGUUCAACGACGAGCUGGAUUCAUUUAAGGAGCGUGUUCGGGGCAGAGCGAAGAUCCGCAUCGAAAAGGCCCUGAGGGAGUAUGAGGAAGAGGAGAAACAAAAACGCUUGGGACCUGGAGGGCUAGACCCUGUUGAAGUGUACGAGUCCCUGCCAGCUGAGAUGCAGAAAUGCUUUGAUGAUAAGGACAUCCAAAUGUUACAAGAUGCUAUUAGCAAAAUGGACCCAACGGAGGCGAAGGCUCAAAUGAAGAGGUGCAUAGAGUCUGGGCUCUGGGUCCCCAACUCCAAGACAGACGACGGGGAUGAGAAAGAGGAAGAUGCUAUCUAUGAGGAGGUGAAACAGGAGCCGGAAGCAACUAAGAAGGAAUGACCAACAUUGAGUCUAUGACUUGUUGUUUUUGCAAAUGUACUUACCCACUGUAUUGCGACUCCACUAUGUGUAUGACUAGUUUGCCAAUCAUGGAACAGUGAAAUAUUUAGCUGAGAUUUAAGGGAUUAGUGUUCACCUAUCGGCACAGCUGCGUUGCAUCAGUAACUCCUGCUUGGAAAAGAAAGUGCUGCUCGUGUUUAGGUCUUUUAUUUUGCUCAGGCUGUAUUCUUCCAUUUAUUUGUAUGCACCUGUGUGGUAGUGCCUGCCUGCUUCGUUUGUGCUGUUGUAUAGUUGAAAUAUGUUCUAUACAUUUUCAGGUUGUGCAUAUAAUUAAUCGGAUGGAUGGAUGUUUUUUUGUUUUGUUUUUUUGUUAUUUCCAAAUUUAAGAUUUGUUGCCUGACUUUUAGGGCUCGAGCUUCCAAUGUAUUCUGAUGGUUGUUUCCCCAAAGUGACAUUUUCUACAAACUUGCUUAACUAAAGGUUGAAUUAUAUCCAACUACUCAAG